UACAGGUGCGUACAUUGGAAACGAUUCAACGUGAAACGAUACGUAUAUUGCGCAAACGCUUUCCGGUUAACAUGGGGGCAUAUCCAACACAAACUCGGUGGGGUGGAACCAUUCUGAUUGCGAUAGUGCUUGUGUUAAUUAUCUCAGUGCGAAUAUCCAGUGCAGCGGAUUCAAUUUGUGAGCGUAUCGACUUCAACGACAUAAAUACAUGGAAGGUGCAACAGUGUUCUGGGUCGCCUCGCGAGAUAUUUCGCCUAAGAACAUACGCUUCGUCACCCUUGUUUCGCCCGUUUCGUGAACGCAUUACCUAUUUCCUCUCAAACGAUGUGCGCGGUAUUAGCUGUACGGAAUCGAUUAACAGUUUCUAUAUGAACGCUUUCACGGAGAUACGCAUGAUCUAUCAGCUAAUGUUUAGAAAUCCUUGCCUGUUGACCCUGAUGGUAUACGAUUUAGAUGUAAUGGAUCAGUUUGGAGAGCCACUUCUGGCUCAAAAUUGGACAACCCGUGCGCAAACAUCUACGUGGAGUUUGUUUGUAGGAAAGGUGGAACGUGAAAUACGCCGUGCGAGAAUACAGCUUCAAGCUGAUAUGAGUGCAGAUGGAGAGUUGGCAAUAGAGUACAUAACAGUGUUCAAUCCUCUCGUGCUGGAAGAAUUUUGUAUGGUAUUGGAUGAAUUUUACACAACGACAGAGACGACAAGCAGGCCUACCACUAGGACUACAUCGAUUCCGUACACGACUACUAGGCGAACUAGAAGUACCACAACAUCCACAACAACCACUACCCUGCCGUACACUACUACCACAACUCAAACAACUACUACUUCUCCUGCGACGACUACUUCUAGUACUACUACACCUACGACCACUUCUACAACAACUACUACUACCACACCUACCACCACUACUACUACCACAACUGCUACUACCACACCAACUACUACUACCUCAUUCAAUACAUCUACUACUACUACCACGACCACUACUACUACCACGCCUACUACUACUACUGCCACACCUACUACUACUACUACCACAUCUACAACUACCAGUACAUUACCUUCAACCACUUCAACAAGCCCUAUUAUCACUACCACGACGUCUACUGCAAUGAUGCCUACUACAACUACUAUUGCAGCAUCUACUGCUACCACGGCUACGCUACCAACUCUUUCUACAACUAUUACAAGACCUCUCACAACAAUCGCUUCUACAACUACCUUUCGAUCUUCUUUACCUACUACCACUUAUAUAAUUACUUCUUCUACUAGUAAUACAUCGCCUACCACAACUAUAACUUCUAGUGCUAUAUCUUCCACUAAUGCUGUGCCCAUUCCAUCUGAAACGACUACUGUUUCUAAAACAACAAACACAACUUCAUACACUUCCUUAAGUACAUUAACUGUAAUGCCAACGACAUCUUCCACCACUACUGUUCCUACAACAUUUUCGAUAAAAACAUCUGCUAUCUCAUCAACACCAAUUACAUUUUUCACAACAACAACCGAUAUGACCGAUUCACCAUAUACCACACAAUCUACUAUACACACAACGGAAUCUGUGAGUACUGCUAAGUCGGAGUCACCUGAUAGUACAACCAUUUCUGUGAUGAAUACAACAACAAGAAGACGCCGUACUACUACUACCACCACGUUCAAAACACCAACCAUAUCUAGCACCUAUACAAGCAUUCCUGAUUUUAAUGGAACGACUGCUGAAAAUAGUGUCCCAUCACAAAGUCCAAUAAUAAGCACCCCCAGCAGUAGUUCGUCCACUGUACACUCACCCAGUACAACCGUAGCAUCUAGCAACUCAAAUCUUCCACCUGUACCACCGACACAAACUACCUCAGUGCUGUCCACGACCGAAAUAUCUACGCAAGCUACACCAUGGGAUCGUUCUACCACUACAGAAAUGCACUCCUCCAGCACUACUGAUAUUUCUGGAACAGAGCCUAUGGUGAAGGUACCAAAUGCAUCCUAUGCGCUAUGGAUAGCAUUAAGUGGUGUGUUUAUCGUUCUAUUUAUCAUUGCAUCGGCCAUCGCUUUAUAUAUCUACGUAUCGGGGGUAGAAAUUCACAAUGCACUUGGUAGUAUUGGCCACUUUUUCACCUGUAGCAACAAACUCAGCCGCUCGGCGAACGAUGAUGACCCUUACGGCACGAUGCAGCCAAAUAAUUUUGACCCAUUCGAUGCCUAUUACAACCAACAGCUACAACAGCAACUGAAGAAUAGACUACGUCCCAAACACAACAGUGUAAGCAGUAUCAGUAACAACAGCAGCAAAGCAAUCCGCCAAAAGUAUCCCAAAUUUAACGUAGAUCCCUAUCGGCAUGCGACAAUGGAGGAAACAGCUAAUGAAUCAUCUUUUGAUGCGCCCCGCUUCGAGCUGAUGGACGAUAUCGACGUUAUCAAAUACAAAAACAGGCUAAAUAAACUUUAGACAUAGUCAAAACUAUAUUUUUCAGUUUAUCACAAUGAUGGGAACAAAAGGCAAUACAUCAGUAUCUUAUCGACGUUAAACGAUGGCAGCAUUCUUUUAGCACUCAAGACUAGAAUGUUUGACCAACACAUCAAGAUGCAUUCACUUUCAAUGGCUCCUUUGAACUGCCGGGGUUGAAACCAACAACACAUCACAAGCAACGAAACAGCUUCCUAACGAAGAGCUUCACUCGUUCUGCGCCUGUCCGUCCGAACCAUGCUUACUAAUGGGGAAUGGUGUUCAUUUCUACCUCAUGUGAGAAUUCAUGCGAAACACAUACUUUGCGCAAUAGUUACUUCGUUGGAGCGAGCAUUGCACGAAUCCACUGAUGUGUACUAAAAGCCACCUACGUCGAAAAUUAGCGUCAGUAAACAGACUUUGAUUGUUUCUCUUCCUAGAUGUCACCACACGAAAAUGCAAAUAUACUGACAUUGAAUUAAUCUCCUGCGAACAUUGAUUAUUGUCACGUAUGGAUUGAAAAAGAGUGUCAUAACAAUAAAGUAAAUCUUUUAUAUUC